AUGGGACCGGCAGCAGCGCGGGUGUGCCGGGCGCUCUUGCCGGCAGCGCUGCUGGCGCUGGCGCUGAGCCCGCGGCCCGCGACCGCCCUGCCGUGCGGCGCCGGCUGCCCCGCGGGUACCUUCGUGGUGAGCGCGGGCUGCGGGCGGGGCGCGGGCGCGGCCUGCCGGCCGUGCCCGCCCGACACCUUCUCCAGCGCGGCGGGACUCAGCGGCUGCACUCUCUGCCGGAAGUGCGAAGGAAGAUUCAGGUACUUAAAAGAGUGUUCCUCAAAAAGCGAUGCUGAAUGCACGUGCAAGGAGGGCUAUCGCUGCAGCGGCGACGGCUGCACCCGCUGCGACCGAAGCUGCGGCGUGGGCCAGGAGAACGCCAGGAGCGGUUGCCAAACUUGCCGUUAUGGAACUUUUAACGAUCAGCCCAAUGGCUCCUGUAAAAACUGGACAAAGUGCUCUGCAAACCAGAUCCUGGAGCCUGGAACUGCAGCAAAAGAUGUCAUUUGCAAACACGCUUCAGAUAAUCCCGCUUUAGUCACUACUCUACCUACCAUGUCUCCUGCAAUUCCAUUUUCUAUCACUGUGCCAGGGGAGGACCUCCAGAUGGACAUGAUCAGAAUUUCUCUUACUGUAGCUGGGCUGUUGUGCAUAGUGUUUCUGCUACCUUCGUGUGUAUGCCUCAGUAUCUGGCAGAAGAAGAAACUACAUGCUGUCUUCAAGAAAAUGCAUACCACACCUGAACAGUCAAUUCAGGAAGAUGAUGCCUGCAGCUGCCGCUUUCCUGAGGAAGAACAAGGUGAAUACCAGGACCGUGGCAAAUCCACAGAAUUCAGAGAUCUUUUGGUGAACUAGGAAUUGGACUGUCCAGGUCAACCACAUUUGAGUUUCAUUUUGGAACACAGAACAAGAACCUGUUUACAUAAAUAGAGAGGGUAUCAGAAUCUGUGAAUUUCAGAGCG